AUGGAGAUGGGCGACUACGAGACAGCCCUCCAGAGGGCCCAAAAGGCCAGCACCAUCUACCACCAGGAGCGCGAUCUGUUUGAGAGGCAGAAGAGAGAGGAGGCGGACGCGAGAUAUCUCUGCGGUGAGAUCUUCUGGAAGAGGGGCGAUCACAAGGCGGCGAUCAACUGGGCAGAACGAGCAAGGGCCAGCUACCGCGAGCUCGAGCAGACGGAGGAUGAGGUGCUCUGCCUCUACGUCGUAGCCGAGAACGCUGCGCGUCUGGCGAGCCAGGAAGGUGCAAGAGUGGAAGAUUCUCAACCGCCGCCCAGGGCUGCCAGAGAUGCUUUGGAGAAGGCGCUGAAGUCUGCUGAGGCAGGCCUUAAGCUGCUACGGGUCUCCGCCUGCGUCGCGCAUCCUGAGCUCCAUGGGCAGCUGCUCUGCGCGCGAGCGCAGGUCCUCACCUUGAAGCGCAUGUUCGUCGAGGCGCUGGUGAGCCUGGAUGAGGCAGUAGUAAGAUUCCGGAACCUGGAAGAGUACGUCUUGGAGGCUGAUGCACUUCUGCGCGCCUGCGACAACCUUUACGCCCUGAGGCAGCUGAGAGAAGCCUCUGAGGCGGCAGAGGAGGCGCUGAUGCUGUACCAGCAUUGCGAGGACUUCGAGGGUGAGGAGCGGGCGAAGGAAAUGCUCCAGAAGACCACCUUCGUGGCUGCCAGGCCUGCGGAAGCAAUGCCGAUGCCACAGGCUCAGGCCGGACCAGGUGUGACGCCAGUGUGGUUACAACAAGCGGACGUGGCCGCUGAGGCAGCGCCUGCAGCAGCGAAAGUGGUUGUUCCGACAGCCACCGGGCCAGCCCUUGACAUGAACGCGGUCACACCAGAAGCGGUCAUGUCCAAGGUGCGAGAGAUCGUGGCUGCCGUGACUGCCACGGAUCAAUCCGAAAUUGACGCAGAAACGCCGCUCAUGGAGGCUGGCCUCACGAGCAGUUCUGCGAUUCUUCUGCGCGAUUUGCUGGGCAAGGCUCUGCCAGUGAGCCUCCCGGCAACACUGGUCUUCGACUAUCCGACCAUUGCGGACAUGACGGAACUGGUCCACCAGAGCACGAUGGCCAUCAAGAACUGA